AUGUUCAAGCAAUUAGUCAGAAAAGGACCAAGUUCCUCAGUUGCGGCCGUUGUACCAAAAUUUACCAGAUCGCUUGUUGCAGGUCAGUUCACCGGAAAGAAAGGUCCUAAUGGUAAAUAUACUGUUACUUUAAUUGAAGGUGAUGGUAUUGGUGUCGAAAUAUCCCAGGCAGUUAAGGAAAUCUAUGCAGCAGCAGGAGUACCUAUUGAAUGGGAACCGGUUGACGUUACCCCUUUGUUGAUUGAUGGUAAAACUACUUUACCUCAACCAGCCGUUGAUUCGGUUAACAAGAACUUGGUUGCAUUGAAAGGACCAUUGGCCACUCCAGUUGGUAAGGGUCACACAUCCAUGAACUUGACAUUGAGAAGAACAUUUCAAUUGUUUGCUAAUGUUCGUCCAUGUAAGUCGAUUGUCGGUUACGACACUCCAUAUAAGAACGUCGACACCGUUUUGAUUAGAGAAAACACUGAAGGUGAAUAUUCUGGUAUUGAGCAUACCAUUGUUCCUGGUGUUGUGCAAUCAAUCAAGUUGAUUACCAAGCCAGCUUCUGAGAGAGUUAUUAGAUAUGGUUUCGAGUAUGCUAAAUCUAUUAACAAGCCUCAUGUUGUCAUUGUUCACAAGGCCUCAAUCAUGAAGUUGUCUGACGGUUUGUUUGUACAAACAGCUAAGGAAAUUGGAAAGGAGUAUCCAGACGUGAAAUUGAGCUUCGAAUUAUUAGACAAUACUUCCUUGAGAUUAACUGCUGAUCCUACUGACUAUAAAGAUGUUGUUAUGGUCAUGCCUAACUUGUACGGUGAUAUCAUGUCUGAUUUGUCGUCUGGUUUGAUUGGAGGUUUAGGUUUAACUCCAUCCGGUAACAUGGGUAACAGAGUUUCUAUCUUUGAAGCCGUUCACGGUUCUGCUCCUGACAUUGCUGGUAAAGGUUUAGCUAACCCAACCGCCUUGUUAUUAUCAUCUUGUAUGAUGUUGAGACAUAUGUCAUUGAACGAGGAUGCUGACAGAAUCGAAAAGGCCGUCAAGAAGACCAUUGCAUCUGGUCCAGAAAACAGAACUGGUGAUUUGAAGGGUACAGCAACUACUGAGCGCUUCACUGAAGAAGUUAUCAAGAAUUUAUAG